AUGCCUGCUUCGAAUGUGACGCUUCAGCGAGCUAAACACAAGCUCAGCGAUAUAAUCUAAAAGUCACUAUAUUAUAUUAUAAAAUUCAUGGCGUCAGAUCACUAUAGUAUGUUGUUGGACAUAUUGCCUUAAAACGUACAGCGUCACCUUCUCGGUAAGUUUUUAUUUUGUUUUACCUUUUAAAAAGUGGCUUGACUAGUUCAACAUUACCGUAAAGUUGAAGUUUACUUCCGUUAAUCUUACGUAAAUUUUCUUAUUCGAUAAUAAGAUUGUUUUUAAUGCACAUUUGUUGCGUAAAACCUUCACUUGUCCAUGAUGGUACUGCGCUGAUUGAGCCAAUAGGGGGCGCACACGUGUCGUUUCAAAGCCCCAGAAUUUAAGGAGCGUGUGGAGGUAAAGUUUUUCUCUGCAGGGUCUGAGGAGAGAAGAGAAAACACCUUCAGGUUGUAAAACCCAGACAGGGUGAUGCUCAGCGAGGUUAUACAACCAUAACACAGUGUGUUGAUGGACUGGCUUCGAUUCAAAGUCUGAGAGCCUUAAGCUAUUUUGAGUCAAAGUGAAGUAAAAGCACUGUUUUCCCUCUACUUUUUACUUUACCUGAAUAUUUCUCCUAUUUGUAAAUAUACUCUCAUCUCUACUUUUACUUAAACUAAAACAUUUUCUACAUGCAGCUUUAAAUGCUGGACCAUUUUCUUUCUUUUUAAAUGCAGUGUCUUUACCUGAAUAAUAGAACAAUCAUCACAUGUGGGCACCUUAGCUCACAUAAGUAAAGGACCUGCAAAAGUCUGACCUUCCCCCAAACACCAAACAUGGGCAAAGCCUUGCACAAAGGCUGCCGAGAUGCACACACACACGUAAGAGAAGACUGGAUCAUUACCAUUAAAAAAUAUGUUAAGUGUUUUAGAUUUCCAAUUUAAAUAAAGUAAGUUAUCAAGUCAAAUGACAAAAUUUAGAUUUUCUUCCAUGAAAAAUUCCCCUGAUUUUUGCUAAUUGUACUUGUGUAAUCUAAUAAUUUAAAUGUUCCUAAAAUCCUAAUCCCAAAUCCUAUCUAUUAUUAAAAAAAAUAAAGAUCACACAUGAAAGGAAUCAAAACCAGUGGAAUUUAAUUAUAAUCUGACACAUGGCACGUUUUCUGAUGAUAAACAUCUUUUAUUAUAGAUCAAAAUCCAAAGCAGAAAGAAGAAGCAGCAGCUUUAACAUGUGAAAGAAAAAAAAAACUCAAUGUCUCUGAUCUUCCACUGACUUUGGUGAAAACAGCAGUGUUAGGUAAAAUCCUGCAGGUUACAUCACCUCCGAGUGUGAUGAAUGCACCCGGCGCGCAUGUCUCAGUCCUAUUGGGCCCAGCGCUGAUGGGUGGACUGAAUAAAUAGCGAGGGAGAUGCGGCUGAGGAUGAGAUGAGUGAAGGAGCAGCAGAGGAAGUAGGAGGCACAGUUCACAGCAGCUACUCGUGUUCACUCUGUGGCUGCAGCCGCGCGUCUUAGGGGCGACUGGACUCUGACUGGGCAGCAUCUCCACUCCUCCCGUCCACUCUGCAUGCUGCGGUGCCGUCUCGCGACACGUUUGCGUUUCCCUGCGUGAAGCCGCGAUCCAAGUUUAACCGCACUUCUCCGCCGCAAACAGGUUGCAGGAGGUGAAGCUCUCUCUCUCUCUUCCCCCCACCCUUCCGCGCACCGGCUCUCCUCGCUGCUCUUUUUUUUUUUUUUUUUUUUUCUCGGGUUGAAUUGAUCCGAGACCUCGGUGAAAAGAUGAUGAUCAUCAUCGCGGAGUUCUUCGUGGUCAUCCUCAAAGUGCUCUGGGCUUUUGUGACCGCCGGGGCCAAGUGGGUGGUGCGGCCCAAGGAGAAGAGCGUGGCGGGACAGGUGUGCGUGAUCACCGGCGCCGGCAGCGGCCUCGGGCGGCUCUUCGCCAAGGAGUUCGCCCGGAGACGAGCGAUCCUCGUGUUGUGGGACAUAAACAGCCAGAGCAACGAGGAAACGGCGGAGAUGGUGCGGCAGAUUUACAACGAACUGGACGCUCCCAGUACGAAAGACGGACCCGUCGGUGGUGUGGAGGAGGUCCCCCCCUUCAAGCCGCAGGUCUACACCUACGUGUGUGACGUUGGGAAGCGGGAGAGCGUGUACUCCACAGCCGAGAAGGUGCGUCGAGAUGUGGGCGAGGUGGACAUGCUCAUCAACAACGCCGGCGUCGUCUCCGGCCACCACCUGCUGGAGUGCCCCGACGAGCUGAUCGAGCGCACCUUGGUGGUCAACUGCCACGCACACUUCUGGACCACCAAGGCGUUUCUCCCCAAGAUGCUGGAGCUGAAUCAUGGUCAUAUUGUGACGGUUGCCAGCUCUCUGGGUUUAUUCAGCACAGCUGGAAUCGAGGAUUACUGUGCCAGUAAGUUCGGUGCCAUUGGGUUCCACGAGUCGCUGAGCCACGAGCUGAAGGCCUCGGAGAAGGACGGCAUCAAGAUGACGCUGGUGUGCCCGUACCUGGUCGACACCGGGAUGUUCAAGGGCUGCAGGAUAAGGAAGGAGAUUGAGCCUUUCCUCCCUCCCCUGAAGCCAGAGUUCUGCGUGAAGCAGGUCAUGAGGGCCAUCCUCACCGAUCAGCACAUGAUCUGUACACCUCGUAUCGUCUAUAUGGUCAACUUCAUGAAAAGCAUCCUGCCCUUCGAGGCCAUCGUGUGCAUGUACCGGUUCCUCGGCGCCGACAAGUGCAUGUACCCCUUCCUAGCUCAAAGAAAGGAGGCCAUGAACAACAAUGAGGCGAAGAAUGGAAUCUAGGGGGCGCUGUUUGCAAAAACGAACAGGGGCACAUGCACGUGCAGGCAUGAGGAAACAACCACUGAGGAUGAAAAUGGGGGAAGGAAGAAGAAAAAGACUGAAUCUAGACUGGUGCACUUGCAUUGAGCAAAUGCAAAGGUUUACCACAUUGUUCCUCUGGAACAAAGAAAGCUGUGUACUACACAAAGGAUUUAUUUGACUUUGUUCUGUCUUUUUUUUUUUUUAAGUUUGUUUAAAGAAACCAACAUCUAUAUACUAUGUCACUAGUUUUGAAAUCAUACAGAAAAGAUAUCCAAUAAUUAACUAUUUACAUAAUGUAGUCACCAGCCUUUUUCUAGAGUCAUUGUGGAAAUAUACAGUAUGUUACUGUACAAACAGUAAGAAUCUUUAGUUUUUUCACUUCUAUUUUAUUUUUGUAGACAUGCACUGUAAUUUCAGUUGUUUUCUUUCAAUGCAGCAAGUCAAACUACCCCCCCCCACACCACCGCCAUCACCACACACACACACACACACACACACACACACACACACAGGCUCUUUCUCCCCUCAGUCACGAAACCAGUUUUACAGCUGAUUAUAGCCUGUGCCAUUAAAAAAGAUUAAGUAAAAUAAUAAUUUCACAAUUAAACUUUACCAUGUUUUUGUUCCUUAAGUUACCGACACAUAGCAUAUGUUUAAAAAUGAAGUCAUUCCAAAUGGGACAUUAAAUGGCCAGACUGUGGCUGAGUGAAGCCUUCACAGGAGACUCACCCGUGGCUCUGUCAGAGGUCCUCGUUAUUUCAGGUCUUCAACGACCAACCUCUCCAGUAAAAGGGAGCUGAUGUCCAACAAGCAUGUCUGACGCAUUCAGAAUAUGUACCACUUUGGGAGAACCCGAGAGGAAAUAAAUUCUCAUCUCUCUCAUUCGUCUUAAUUUUUCCAGAUCUGUGGUUGUUUAUAUUGUACAUUUAUGUUACCGAUAUUAUUUGAGUGAGAAGAUAACCUGACAAAGGCUGUAACUCCGCUGUCCCCAUACUGAUGUGUGGUCGAGGGAAAUAUAUUAAAAGACACUAGCUUUCUAUUAUCCUUUCCAAAGUAACACUUUAACACUCCUGUCCAUCGUCCACCUUGUACAGUUAAAGUGAAAUGUAAAUGUUUAAAUGUUGUGAAUACCCCAAGUUCCCCCUUCCCCCCCCCCCGAAACGACUGUCUCCACCAUAUUUGAUUUAUAAAUAUUUUAUAUACCUUUUGUUUGGGACGACGAGAGUUUUUGAAUUUCAACGACAUUCCAAUGGGCGUCAUUCCUUCAGUCACGGGGAAAAGCCUAAAUUCUCUACCUCUUCAUUUUAUUUUUGACAGUAUGACAUUCGCCUCUUUUUUUUUGUAAUCUUCUGAAGACUGCUCCAUAGCAGAGCAAAUGUGGUUCCAAUGUUUAGUGUCUCUACCUAACUUAAAUUAAUAAAGUGAUUUAGAUUAUUA